AACAAAGCAAGAUACUUGUGCCUCUCUCUCUCUCUCUCUCCUGCCCUGUAAUGGCAGUCGCUUUCUCUCCUUUUCUUUUUUUUUUUCACUGUCUCAUAGCAGUUAUCAGUCAGUAAUCACUCUGUCCCCUAUUUUCAGCAAAAAAGAAACAACCCCAGAACAGGAAAUGCUCUGUUCUCAGUCCAUUCUUCCUUCCCUCUCCCCCCCCCCCCCCAUCAAACAAUUGAUUAGAAUUAGAUGCCCUUUUCUUUGAGCUUUGCUUCUUGGCAUAUUUGACUGGAAAAGUCCAGCAAAGAUUCAUUUUUGUUCAAUAUCCCAUCAAAAGAUCCGAUUUUUUUUUUUUCUUUUCUUGUUUGAUAUUCAUCUGGAUUGAAUCUUUUUCUUAGUGAAUUUCACCUAAGAGUCAUUGUUUUUCUCUUGCUACAAUGGGUUCUGAAAGUGCGUCAAUCUUGAUAGUUCUUUCUCUGCAGCUCCUGUUCCAAGCUUUGGUUCUGUACUCUCCAGCAGCAGAAGCGUAUGUUGCUCCACUCAAUUGUACAGAUACGACUCGCUUGUGCUCCUCUUUUCUUGCCUUCAAACCCUCUCCAGAGCAGACCCUUCCGGUGAUCCAGAGCAUGUUUGAUGUAUUGCAAGAAGAUGUAACUGUUGAGGGCAAUGGCAGGGACUAUGUUUUCAUCAGAAAGAACUGUUCUUGUGCUUCAGGAUUGCGCAAGUACUUGACUAAUACAACUUUUACUGUGAGAGAAAAUAAUGGGUCUGUUUACGAUCUGGUGAUUGAUUCAUAUGAUGGGUUGGCUUAUUUUCCUUCAAACUUUACAAGGGCAGCCAAGAAAGGUGCUGUGGUGUCACUGAGGCUCAUGUGUGGCUGCUCAAGUGGGCUGUGGAAUUAUCUGAUGAGUUAUGUGAUGCAAGAUGGAGACAGUGUUGAGUCUUUAGCGAGCAGGUUUGGGGUGAGCAUGGAUAGUAUUGAGACUGUGAAUGGGAUUGCUAAUCCUGAUAAUUUCACUGUUGGGGAACUUUACUAUAUACCUCUGAAUUCUGUUCCUGGUGAGCCUUAUCCUGUAAAGAAUGAUACAGUUCCAGCUCCGGCCCCAGCUCCGUCAGCUGAAAACUUUGUAGAAGAUCAGAUGAAUCACAAGACUCACGUUCCUUAUUGGUGGAUCAUUGGAAGUCUAGCUGCUGGUUUGGCUCUUAUUCUUGUGGUGGUACUUCUUUUUGUUUGUCUCAAAGGAUCCCAAGGAAGUCAAGCUAAAGAUUCUGAUGGAAAGAUUUCACAUAAAUUUCACAUUCUCCGAAACACAAGUUUCUGCUGUGCUUCAAGGCGGUCCAUAUGUUGCAAAUCUGGGGAUUGGGAUCACCCUCAUGGUGAAUCUAGUAACCGCCAGAUGAACAUUCCUACAGUUAUAGGGACUGAUGUCUUUGACGUGGAGAAACCUGUAGUCUUCACAUACGAGGAAAUUCUAUCUUCAACUGAUGGGUUCUCUGAUUCUAAUCUUUUGGGGCAUGGAACAUACGGCUCAGUGUAUUAUGGCCUGCUCCGAGACCAGGAAGUUGCCAUUAAGAAGAUGACUGCUACGAAAACUAAAGAAUUUAUGGCAGAGAUGAAAGUUCUCUGCAAAGUUCAUCAUACAAAUUUGGUAGAAUUGAUUGGUUAUGCAGCCAGCGGUGAUGAACUGUUUCUCAUAUAUGAAUAUGCUCAAAAGGGUUCACUCAGAAAUCACUUGCAUGAUCCACAGAGCAAAGGUCAUACAUCACUAUCCUGGAUCAUGAGGGUUCAAAUAGCACUUGAUACUGCUAGAGGCCUGGAAUAUAUCCACGAGCACACAAAACCUCAUUAUGUCCAUCGAGAUAUCAAAACAAGUAAUAUUCUACUAGAUGGCGGCUUCAGAGCGAAGAUAUCAGACUUUGGUAUGGCAAAACUUGUCAUGGCAACCAAUGAUGGGGAAGAGUCAGUCACCAGAGUUGUCGGAACAUAUGGUUAUCUAGCUCCUGAAUACUUGAGGGAUGGCUUGGCCACGAAUAAAAGUGAUGUUUAUGCAUUUGGGGUGGUACUAUUUGAGAUGGUCUCUGGAAAGGAGGCCAUGACAAGAAGUGCUGAAAGGAGGUCAUUAGUGUCGAUUAUGGUGGCAGCUCUGAGGAAUUCACCUGACUCCAUGACUGUGUCAAGUUUGAAAGAUCACAUUGAUCCUAAUUUGAUGGAUUUGUAUCCUCAUGACUGUCUUUUCAAGAUGGCUAUGUUGGCAAAGCAAUGUGUGGACGACGAUCCCAUUUUGAGACCGGACAUGAAGCAAGUAGUGAUAUCACUUUCGCAGAUCCUAUUGUCCUCAGUUGAGUGGGAAGCAACUCUUGCUGGUAACAGCCAAGUAUUCAGCGGACUCGUUCAAGGAAGAUAGGAAACUUUCUCUGUCCAACGGUGAAUCUAAUACUGCUGAAAACUUAGUGUAUUUACAUUUUUCUGAAGGUUCUUUCUCUGUUUACUAUGUGUAAUAUGUGUGUAUAUAAUUUCUUUCUUCCGGCUCAUUUUAUCAAACUCGAUCUAGACAAAAAUUUUGAUGAACUAUGAGUAUUUAAGAUGUGAACCUGCAUCAAAUUGUUA